AUGGACUCUCAGGAAGUAAAAGAUAUAACAAAUGGUGAAGAGCAUAAUAUUAAUAGUUUUUGGUCACCACAGCUCAUUUAUCCAGAUAAUAUAGUACCUGAUAUCGCAAUGAGAAGAUUAAUUACGAAAAUGAUCUCUAGCAGAGAGCAAUUCUGUAGUAAAAAUGAAGAAGAAAGGCAGGCAAUGCUGAUGGGCCCAACAAUGUUUGCAUUAUCCAAAAUGCAAGCACCUGCUUUUUGUAGGAUUUCUAUAAUUCCAAUAGACACAGAAUACCCUGAAUUCCUUGUCAGUCCAAGUUUCAGGAGAAGCAAAUACUACAUAUUUCCUUUCAGCAUAUUUGACUGGACAAAACUUGCUUUAGCUAGUGGAAAAGUUGAUGUUAUAUGUGCAAAGAUAGACAUGCAUGAUGCAACUCUUUUUUGCAAAUGGCUUCCAAUAAUCUUUUAUGAUGUUAUCGAUGAAUUGUAUGAUAUCUAUCAAAAGAAUAAGUUGAAUCGCCAGAUUCUCUCUUCAAUAGGAUUCGACAAAGUUCAAGAAAUCGAACUUGCCCAUAGAAUGAUAAAUAGAGAAAAUCCAUGGGGAAAAGAUAUAUCAGAAAUAAUAAUUCACUGUGUUGACUAUCCAGGUAAUUCAGUCAAAAUAGGAUACAAAGCUCUCACAGAUUUUGCAUCAGGAUCUGAUGAGCAGUGUACAAUGGAUGUUGAAGUUGAUGCAUUGGGUAGCUCUGAAAAGUGGGUUGAUAACAGCACUAUAUCCGAACCUUUUGUUGAUUAUUAUGACUUGAAUAAUUGUGAAUCAAAUAUUGAUGAAAAUGAAGAAAAUUAA